AUGUCGCUUCCCUCGAGCAUCCAAGCUAUAGCUAUCUCCAAGACCGGCGACUUCGAUGUUAUCGAGAAGAAGGAGCUGCCGUUCCCGAAGAGUGCACCAGGAGAUAUCCUCGUGAAGGCAGGUCUACGUCCUACGAUGCAGUACGGUGGUGUCAAUUUCAUCGACACCUACUUCAGAAAAGGCCUUUACAAGAUCAACGAAUUUCCAUUCAUCGUUGGGGGUGAGGGUGCAGGGACCAUUGCAGCCUUGCCGACUGGCCCGGAGAUCGUCAACAACGAAGAGUACAAAAAGCGGGGAUAUUCAGUCGGGGCUAAGGUCGCUUUGUAUCGCCUGGGUGCUUUUGCGGAGUACGCUAGUGUCCCGUGGAAGGACGUCUUCCCUAUCCCUGACUCUGUGCCGUUGAUUACGGCUGCAGCUGCCUACACCCAAGGCCUUACCGCUCUGACUUUUGUCGAAGAGGCGCACAAGGUCAAAAAGGGCGAGGUCAUCCUGGUGCACACCGUCGCGGGCGGCCUCGGCCUGCUCUUCGCGCAGCUCAUCAAGGCACGCGGUGCUACUGUGAUCGGCACGACGAGCACACCGGAGAAAGCAGCGAUCGCGCGCACGCACGGCGCGGACCAUGUCAUCCUGUACCCCACAGAGGACACCGCACAGCGUGUGCUCGAGAUCACGAACGGAGAAGGGGUGCAUGCUGUGUUCGAUGGCGUCGGGAAGGAUACCUUCGAACUUGACUUCAAGGUCCUUCGCCGUAAGGGUACACUUGUAUCUGUGGGCAAUGCAUCUGGGGCAGUGCCCCCCUUCUCCCCGCUGAAGCUUGCAGAAAAGAACCUGCGGCUGCUACGGCCCACGAUGGGUAAUUACAUCACGACUCCAGAGGAGGUCCGGCGAUACGUGACGGAGCUCUUCCAGCUCAUCGCUGAUGGCACGCUCAAAGUCAAUGUUUUCAAGGAGUACCCGUUCACCGGAGAAGGUGUGCAGCAGGCGCAGAAGGACCUGACUGGCGGGAAGACAACGGGCAAGCUGGUCAUCAAGAUCGCAGACCCAGUUCUAGCCGAGUGAUCUACAUUGUGUAGCGAAUCUAUAAAUGAUGAAAUGUCCUACACAGAAGUAUACGUGACAUGUAUUCUAUGCGUCUGUACAAUUUCUGUCUGACGGAUGUGGUGAUGUUCCUCACUGAGUGAUACCCUUCCAGUAUCUACGCAAUAAUCUAAUCGUCUUGUGCUUCA